AUGUCUGCUGUGGAAAGGUAUUGUGUGUUUUUUUUUGACGAUCCAUGUCAGGCAGGCGGCGUGUGCGUGGAAGCGUACAAUCCAAGUGGCUAUGAGUGCUUGUGCCCGGAGAACCGAAGCGGCAUUCACUGCGAGAAAGCUUGUGUAAAUCCAACGACUGCACCAACAACCACACCAACAACCACACCAACAACCACUCCGACAACCACACCAACGACCACUCCGACAACCACUCCGACAACCACACCAACGACUACACCAACAACCACUCCAACAACCACACCAACAACUACACCAACAACUACACCAACAACUACACCAACAACCACACCAACAACUACACCAACAACUACACCAACAACCACACCAACAACCACUCCGACAGCCAUGCCAACAACAGCCCCUAUAAACAGGAAUCCGUGCGCCUGCAAGAAUGCUGGUGUUUGCAACACUUUGAACGGAUAUUGCAAGUGCUCACCAAACUUUGCUGGAGCCAAGUGUCAAGUGUGUGCGUUUGGCUACUCUGGAGUGAAUUGUUCCAUUCACUGCUCGUGCUUGAACGGCGGAGAGUGCGACGUCGGGUCUUCCGUUUGCAAGUGUCGGCCGGGUUUUCAUGGAGUGAUGUGUGAGAGAAAAUGUUCACCAGAUACCUGGGGAGCAGGCUGUACGAAUGAAUGCCAAUGUCAAAAUGGUGCGCAGUGCGACAGGAAAAUUGGCUGCCAAUGUGUCGUGGGUCACAUAGGACGAUACUGUUCUAAACGAAUUUCGUGUCCAAAGCUGAUCUUGCCUGCCAACGUCAUAUUGCAGCAAUCUGGUGGUAAUAGCUUCUUGAAUGUGACCACCACACGUUGCCCGGACAACUGGUUGUGGGUGAACGGCAGUCAUCAACGAGUAUGUCAGGCUGAUGGUACAUGGUCAGGUCCAGCUGCAUCCUGUCAGCCUCCCUCUACUAACAGUCCUGGCACAACUGCCGCUCCUCAAGUUCAGAUGUGUUCUGAAGCAACCAUUGAUGGUCUUCAAGGAAAGUUUGUGUGGCCUGUGACAAUAGCUGGCGUGAAAAGAACUAUUGUAUGUCCAGUGCUGGUUGCUGAUGAACCUGUUGUGCUUGCCGAGCGGAAAUGUGCCAUGAAAGACAACAGAGCGCGGUGGGAGAACCCGGAGAUCGAAGGCUGUCCGUAUGCUAAAGCAAGGACACGCAAGAUGCAACGGUUAGUUUCUGGCGAGCUCAAAGAGAAUCGCACGCUAGUCGGAGUGGGUUCUGCUGCCAGUGAUCUCUCAGCAUUGCUGGAGGAGGACGGUGAAGUCACUUCAGCGGAUGCUGGCCUGUCAGGAGAGUUGCUGGGGCAUCUCGUCACCUCGAUGGUCAGCUUGCUCACGACGACUUCAUCUGAUGAGGCGAUUGUAAAAGACACCAUACCAACAUUCCUCGCUGUAUUUGAUACCGUUGAAGCCUCUGCCAGUAAACCCUCAUCUAUGGAUGCUGGUGCUAUGAAGCAGAAACAGAGUGACCAGCGUGAGUUGCGUGGUGUGCUGGAAGACCUCGCACUUGCAGUGCCAUUAGCAGAGGAGCAGCAGACAUUCUCCUUCCAAUCCAAACGUGUUAUCAUGUCAGGUGUGUGUCCGAAACUUGGAGAUAGCUAUCUGUUCACAGUUGAGAAUGCACGCACUGGCAACACUUCUACUGGGGCUCGUUCAGCAAACAUCACAACUUUGGGGUCAGCGAAUGCUACCGACGUUAAUACUGCAGCCAUGAUGGAUGUGAAUGAGAAGAACGAUUUGAUGUUUACAUUCCCAUCCGCAGCUGUGCAGAAGGCAAAGGAACGUCGUACUUCGCCACAGACUACGUUUGCCUGUCAGGCUCCACAGAUCUCACUUGUCUCCUUUCCGUCUGAAGAUGACUUCAACAGUAGUGAUGCUGUUAUCGGUGAUCAAGUUGCAACGUCUGUUGUAGCAGCCAGUGUAGGUAGCAGGGAAGAUAGCUUGCAGCUGGGUUUGAGUCAAGUACAAAUGACAAUGCCUAUUCAUCUGGCAAGUGAUGAUCUGAAAGAAAGAAAUCUCACAUGUCGCUAUUGGAAUGAGACAACGCUGUCAUGGAGACAAGAUGGCUGUCGACUUGUGAAUGUGACGAGGAGCAAAGAUGGAGAGAUGAUGGCUCGUUGCGAAUGUAACCACUUGACACACUUUGCCGUACUUGUUACACCUCCCAAUGCAGAAUCUGUUAGCGCGUCCGCUGCUGAUCAAAAGGCUUUGUUCUUCAUCUCCAUCAUCGGUUGUAGCCUGUCUGUCGUAUGUCUGACACUGACUGUGUUUUUCAUCCAAUGCACGAGAAAUCAAAAGAGAACUCUCCAGCAUCAGCUGACGACAUGUCUCUCUGUGUCUCUCCUCCUUGCUCUGUUGCUGUACAUUGCUAAUGCACUUGGAUUGCAAGGAGAGGAUAGGUGGGCCUGUUUCAGCUUUGCCAUUCUGCUGCACUACUUGCUUCUGGCAGCAUUCGGGUUUACGCUUGUGAUGGCGUACUAUCUGUACCGGCGUCUCAUAGCUGUUCUGGUGGACGUCGGUGAGACUUUCCUGCAGCGUUCCAUCACUGCUGUGUGUGUUGGCUGUGCUGCGCUUGUGGGUGUGAACCUAGCUGCGUUCAAACCUGAUGUGUAUGGAAGCAGCAGUGGCGGACUAUGCUUCCUGUCUGUAAGACUGUCGUUCUACAUCACGUUCAUAGCACCUAUUGUCCUCACGCUGCUUACGAACGCGUGCGUGCUGGUUGUGUCGAUGAACAAAGUGCGCCAGCACUACAAGAACAGUGGUUCAGACAAACGCAUGAUCUGGAUCCUGACUAAGAUGGUCUUCUCCAUGACUUUCCUGCUUGGUCUCACCUGGUUGUUUGGUGCCGUGGUGACAAUCUGGCCGCACGUUGUUUUCCAGUACAUUUUCACCAUUCUCAACACACUGCAAGGAGUAGGAGUGUUUGUCUUCCACCUCACGACUAAUCCCGAUGCUGUUACUGGGCUCAAAUCCACCUACCGCACCCUGUCCAGAGGCACUGGAUCUUUCAUCAGCCGAGUCACACCCUUCGGGUCGUCAGUAUCGCCCGAUGUGUCCAAAUCAGCUCCAAUUGCAGAGAUUGUGGCACCACUCUCCGUCGAGUUGGACUCCAUGGUUGGAGUAAGUAGCAAAGUUGAGUGCAUGUCACCAGUGACGUCGCCAGUGACGUCGCCAUCUGCCUCGGGCUGCAGACGCAGCGCGCAUUCCUCCCCCGCAAUCGCGGUUGAAACAAGGUUAUGCCAGCCGGCCUCCAGCCGAAGCCCCCGUCUCUCCACAACUAGCAGCGAUGGCAUCCUCAGCCAUGCGUUCUAGGACGUGUAGUUGGCUGUAGAAGGCCGAUCGACAGGAUGGCACGCUGGCCACCCAUGCAUCCAUCAUUCAUGUGUCGUUUCUGUCCACCUGGAGUCACUUGUGCCAAGCGGUGGCAUCCUCACUGGUAGUCAGCUAGCACGGGACUCUCUCUCUCUCUCCCUCCCUUUCUCUCUCUCUCUCUCUUCUCUCUCUCUCUCUCUCUCUCUCUCUCUCUCUCUCUCUCUCUCUCUCUCUCUCUCUCUCUCUCUCUCUCUCUAUCUAUCUAUCUAUCUAUCUCUCUCUCUAUCUCUCUCUCUCUUUCUCUCUCUCUCUCUCUCUCUCUCUCUCUCUCUCUCUCUCUCUCUCUCUCUCUCUCUCUCUCCCUCUCUCUUUCUCUCUCUCUCUCCAGAGUACGUGAUGACCACGCUAAGUAACACAGCACUAGCAUGCAACAACAAGCGGUUAAUAGAGUGCCGCAUAGUUCACAUCCAGUAUUCCAUUCCGAUGUUGGACGAAACUCGAUCUUUGCUAAGUGUUCUAUCUUAAUUUUAGCAUAAUCUCAGCUUAAAACGUGGCUAACCCGCGGCACCGAAUUGUCUCUCUGGGAUCAUAUCCCCCGUUUAUCUGUACCUCGACGCCAAGUAUUUCAAAGCUGCCCCUAAUUACAGUCUUUUCUGACAGCUCGUUUUAAUUUCUUUCAUAAUUUUUCGAAAGAGAAUUUAUAAGCACUUAGCUUCAGAAAGCUCUUGAAGUCAUGCGCCUAUUUGCUUUGUAAUGCUUUUUUUUUGUAGUGACUGCAUACCGUGUGUGUGUGGGCGUCUCUAUCCCCUUCCCGUCCUAUCACUCAGCAUCGCAGCCUGAAUUGUAAUAAUAAUAUCUUUAUUUUUAAAAAGAUGACUCUAGGCCAAAGGAUGGAUGGCCCGCCUAUCAACGCACUCACCACGUUGGAGGAUAAUCUAUGAGUUCAAUUAGAUGAUGGAAUGCCUGACCCCUUCUACCUCUGUGUUUCCAUGCCAUGUCAAAAUCCCCCACAUAUCACCACCUUGUGCGUGACAAACUAGA